AUGAAGCAGGGGCCGCGCACGCCUAAGAAGCCCGCGCCAGCCAAUCAGCACCGCGCGCCGCCCAGCCUCCGCCUUCCAUUGGCUGCGCCCGCAACUCCCGAACCGCUGGACUUCGGGACUGACCCUCGGGCCGGCCCCCUCCGCCGGCAGGCCCCCUCCCUGCGCCCUCCCGGCGGCCCCUGCUGCCAGCUCACCUCCCUAAACAAGCGACCCUCACCCCACGGACUAACCCCUGCACCAGUAACUACGAACCUGGCCCCCCUCCGAGAGCACGCGCCACGCACCCUAUGGUUGUCCUCUCCCGGACAACCUAGCCCCUCCACUCUCUGGGAGGAAGCCCCACCUUCUUUACCACUGAACGUGGUCAGUGCAACUACCCACUCAGGCCGUUCCCUCCUCCAACUCGGGUUCUGGCUGGAUGGGGGUGGUGGGAAAGCUUGGAGGACAGUGGCGGACAGCAAUAGCCGAGUCGAGAGGGGCAAGAACCAUAGGGCCCUCGAGGGCACCUGGGCCUCGGACACGCGGUUGCUGAGGGUCAUGUAUGACCCAGUGGAGGUGGCCUGGCCUGUGGCUCCACAGAGGGGGAGGGGGCGUCCCUACCCGGGCGUGGCCUUGCGGGCCAACCGGCCGAAUUGCCUGGGGCGAGGCCGUGGAGACCGGGACUGGCGCCGGCGCCGGCUGAAAGGAGACGCCUCCGGGCAGGAGGAGGCAUUUUUUUCCUCGGAGGUCCCCGAGGCGACCUCUGGGGUGGAGGAGGCUGUGGUCUCAGAACUCUGUCCCCUAAGUCACCUGGCAAUCUUCUGCACACCCAGCCCGGAGAUUCAGCGCUAUGGGUCGAGUGGGCCAGGGAAACACAGCUCUUUCCUCCCUUCCUUUGGAGGAAAGCCCUCGGUCCCCUCGGCUCGGGGGGCGCCCGGCUGGGCUCAGCUCCGCGGGCGCGACCCCGUCACCCCCUCCCAGGCCACCUCUGGACAGCGCCCAGGGGGGCUUGGGCUGGGGCAGGGGCCUCCUCCUGCCUUUGCGUCUGGAGUCCGUUUGACUGUUCGAGGCCCUAGCGCAGGUAAAGCGAGGGGCUGGGGGGCGCAGAGUUCCCCAGUGCUGGUAACCAGCGUGUCUCGGGCUGUUGGGGACCCGCCGGCCCGAGUUGCCCACGGCGCCUCCCGCCCCGCUCCGCUCUGGGGCGCACGGGACCCGAGCUGCUCCACCUCCACUCGGCACAGAGGAGGCCGGCACCACCGGGGAAGGCGCACCAGGGCCGGGAGCGCGGUGGAGAGCCCUCCCUCCACUGGCACCGGGCUCCGCAGCCCGGCCAGGCAGCUUAUCAUUCUUCUCAACGCAUACAAUGAGAUCUCCGCGGAGCUUCCAACCUUUUUGUCGUCUCCGGAGUCUAGCGGGAGCCUCUCAAGGACACUGCGCCCCGGGGAUAAUGCCGGGAGGCAGCUGGCAAGGCUGCCCUACUCGAGCUCAAACCCUGGGACCCAGCGCUGGAGGAGGCCGCCCGGUGGCCGGCAGCUGGACGGUGAAUGCCGCAGCCCAGCGGAAGCCUCCGGCCAGGCCGCGAUCAGCGUCUCGGCUCGCAGGGAGGUAGCUGCUCGGGGCCCACGGGAAAGCAGAUUAUCGGAGCCCUUUCAGAGAGCGCACAACAAAUGCUCCCGCCAUCGAAUGCAUCAUUUACCACCGCAGAUCCGCGCGUUGAUGGGCAGGCAGAUAGCCGUCCGCGGGGGGCACGCCGGGUUCCUGGUGCCCGCCCCAUCCGCCCGCCUGCCGGGGCCACCGGACUGUGUGGACGGGAAUGUCGGUGUGCGUGCGGGUGUAUCAAAUAAGUGUGCUACGAGAGAGGGCACGUGUGACAGCCCACGCACGCGCACGCUGGGUAUGUAUGCUGAGUGCCCGGAGAUGGUCUUGAGGCUGUUUGGGCUGCACCCAGGAAACCGUACUGCACUCGAGGGGGUGACACGUGGUGGAGGGGUACGUGUGUGA